AUGGAACUUCAUCGCCUAGGGUUUCUCACUUUUCUCUCUCUACUACAGGUUUGUUUAAUUUUAUCUUUAACAGAAGCGGAAGUUUUAUCCACAAGGCUUCUUUUGGCAUCUAAUGAUAUAACACCUCGGGAAAAGCAUUCUGAGGAUUAUUGUUCAAUGUAUGAUAUUUGUGGAAAGCGAAGUGAUGGUAAAGUAGUGAAUUGUCCAUUUGGUUCUCCUGCUGUGAAGCCAGAUGAUUUGCUUUCAUCAAAAAUCCAAAGUCUGUGUCCAACAAUUACUGGGAACGUUUGCUGUACAGAAGCUCAGUUUGAGACAUUAAGGACACAAGUUCAGCAGGUAAUUCCUUUUCUUGUAGGUUGUCCAGCAUGUUUAAGAAACUUUCUGAAUCUAUUCUGCGAGCUUACAUGCUCUCCAGAUCAGAGUUUAUUUAUCAAUGUGACUUCAGUGGACAAGGUUGGUGGUAAUUUGACAGUGGGUGGCAUCGAUUAUUUUGUAAGUGACGCAUUUGGGGAUGGAUUAUAUGACUCCUGCAAGGAUGUAAAGUUUGGCACCACAAAUUCUAAGGCUAUACAAUUUGUUGGUGGUGGUGCUCGAAAUGUUAAAGAGUGGUUUGCUUUUAUUGGCAAAAAAGCAGCCCCUAAUGGUCUUGGUUCACCAUAUGCAAUUACGUUCCCACCAAAUGCAAUUAAGUCAUCUGGGAUGGAAGCUAUGAAUGUUUCAGCUUAUUCCUGCGGUGAUAUUUCUCUUGGCUGUUCUUGUGGUGACUGUCCUUCAUCUUCAGUAUGCUCUAGUUCAUCUUCAGCUACAACCCAAAAGAAGGGUUCGUGCUCCUUGAAAGUUGGGACUUUAACGGUUAAGUGUGUUGACUUGGCUUUAACAGUCUUAUACAUCAUACUGAUAUGCGUGUUCUUGGGUUGGGGGUUGUAUCAUCGAGUAAGGGAAAGAAAGCCGGUAUAUAGAAUGAAAUCAGUGUCUAAUGUCACUAAUGGCGGCACACAGUACUCUCAUAAUCAGGAGAAGGAGGAGAACCUCCCAAUGCACCAGAUUAUUGAAGAUGUUUCACAAAACAGAAACGAAGUACGACUCUCUGCCGUGCAAGGAUACAUGUCAAAAUUUUACAGGAAGUAUGGAUUGUAUGUAGCUAGAAACCCAAAUGUGGUCUUGGCUUCAUCUUUGGCCAUAGUUAUUUUACUUUGUUUAGGUCUAAUCAAAUUAAAGGUUGAGACGCGGCCUGAGAAGCUCUGGGUGGGACCUGGGAGUAAAGCAGCGGAAGAGAAGCAGUUUUUUGAUAGCCAUCUUGCUCCGUUUUACAGAAUUGAACAGCUCAUAUUGGGAACAAUUCCAGAUGAUGUGAAUAGUACAUCACCAAGAAUUGUGUCAGAGGACAACAUUAAGUUUCUGUUUGAAGUACAAAAGAAGGUUGAUGCAAUUCGUGCUAAUCAUUCUGGCUUGAUGGUAUCUCUACAAGACAUUUGUAUGAAGCCACUCGACACAGAUUGUGCCACUCAAAGCAUCCUGCAGUACUUCAAAAUGGAUCCCGACAAUUUCGACAAUUAUGGUGGAGUUGAGCAUCUCAGUUACUGUUUUGAGCAUUAUUCCUCAGCAGAUCAAUGUAUGAGUGCAUUUAAAGGCCCUCUUGAUCCAAGCACUGUAUUAGGAGGCUUUUCUGGGAAUGACUAUUCUGGGGCUUCUGCAUUUAUUAUAACUUACCCAGUAAAUAAUGAAAUUGAUAAAGAAGGCAAUGAAACUGCAAAGGCAAUUGCUUGGGAGAAGACCUUUAUACAGUUAGUGAAGAAUGAGCUGUUACCGAUGGCACAAUCAAAAAAUUUGACACUUGCUUUUUCAUCUGAAAGCUCUAUUGAGGAAGAACUGAAAAGAGAAAGCACUGCGGAUGUUAUUACUAUACUGGUCAGCUAUCUUGUGAUGUUUGCUUAUAUAUCUCUUACUUUAGGGGAUACACCCCAGCUUUCUUCUUUCUAUAUUUCAUCUAAGGUAUUGCUUGGUCUUUCAGGAGUAAUUCUUGUUAUGCUCUCUGUCCUUGGAUCUGUUGGAAUUUUUAGUGCUCUUGGUGUAAAAUCUACUCUGAUCAUCAUGGAAGUUAUCCCAUUUCUUGUUCUAGCUGUUGGGGUGGAUAAUAUGUGUAUACUAGUUCAUGCUGUGAAAAGGCAACAACUGGAUUUGCCUUUAGAAAGACGGAUAAGCAAUGCACUCGUGGAAGUUGGACCAUCGAUAACGUUGGCUAGUUUAUCAGAGGUUUUAGCAUUUGCAGCCGGAAGCUUUAUUUCCAUGCCCGCGUGUCGUGUCUUCUCCAUGUUUGCAGCGUUGGCCGUACUCUUGGACUUUCUACUGCAAGUUACUGCAUUUGUAGCUCUGAUAGUUCUCGACUCUUUGAGGGCAGAGGAUAAGAGGGUUGAUUGUUUUCCAUGCAUUAAAGUGCACUCUUUGCAUGCAGACCCUGAUAAAGGCAUUGGACAAAGGAAACCUGGUUUGUUGGCUCGAUAUAUGAAGGAGGUUCAUGCUCCCAUUCUAAGUAUUUGGGUAGUAAAAAUGGUUGUCAUUGCAAUUUUUGUGGCAUUUUCAUUGGCUAGCAUUGCUUUGAGCACUAGAAUUGAACCUGGAUUAGAGCAGGAGAUUGUUCUUCCCCGAGACUCAUAUCUUCAGGGGUAUUUCAAUAAUAUUUCGGAAUAUCUCAGAAUUGGGCCACCUUUGUAUUUUGUUGUGAAGAACUAUAACUACAGCUCAGAAUCAACACAUACAAAUCAGCUUUGCUCCAUAAGCCAAUGCGAUUCAGACUCUCUUUUAAACGAGGUUGCUAAAGCGGCCCUAGUACCAGGCACAAGCUAUAUUGCUAAGCCAGCUGCUUCCUGGCUCGAUGAUUUUCUUGUGUGGGUAUCUCCAGAAGCAUUUGGGUGCUGCAGGAAGUUCACUAAUGAGACCUAUUGCCCUCCUGAUGAUCAGCCUCCUUGCUGUGCUCCUGAAGAAGGAGGCUCCUGUGUUUCAGCUGGAGUAUGUAAUGAUUGCACAACGUGUUUCCGUCACUCCGAUCUUCAUAAUGAUCGUCCUUCCACUACACAGUUUAGGGAGAAACUGCCGUGGUUUCUUAGCGCUCUUCCAUCUGCUGACUGUGCAAAAGGUGGUCAUGGGGCUUACACCAGCAGUGUUGAACUGAAAGGAUAUGACAGUGGCAUUAUUCAAGCAUCAUCAUUCCGUACAUAUCAUACCCCACUGAACAAGCAGGUUGACUAUGUUAAUUCCAUGAGAGCUGCUCGAGAGUUCAGUUCAAGGGUUUCUGAUUCUUUGAAGAUUGAGAUAUUCCCAUAUUCGGUGUUUUAUAUGUUUUUUGAGCAAUACCUGAAUAUAUGGAAAACUGCACUGGUCAACCUUGCAAUAGCUAUUGGUGCAGUAUUUAUUGUGUGCUUGGUUAUCACAUGCAGUUUAUGGAGUUCAGCAAUCAUUUUGUUGGUGUUGACAAUGAUUGUUAUUGAUCUUAUGGGUGUGAUGGCCAUUCUGAAUAUCCAAUUGAAUGCCAUCUCAGUUGUCAACCUCGUUAUGUCAGUGGGCAUCGCUGUUGAGUUUUGUGUGCAUAUGACUCAUUCUUUCACUGUUGCAAGUGGAGAUAAAGAUCAGCGUGUUAAGGAGGCUCUGGGUACAAUGGGUGCUUCAGUCUUCAGUGGUAUCACAUUAACAAAGCUGGUUGGUGUUAUUGUUCUUUGCUUCUCGAGAACAGAAGUUUUUGUGGUUUAUUACUUUCAGAUGUACUUGUCAUUAGUACUUCUUGGUUUUUUGCACGGACUUGUUUUCUUGCCGGUGGUGUUAAGCAUGUUUGGUCCACCUUCAAGAUGUAUAAUCACUGACCAUGUGGCAGAUCGAUCAUCAACUUCUUCGUAA